UUGAGGUCCUUCUGCCUUGCUCUCAAUAUACUCGCCUUUUGUCCGUGGGGCUGCCUCCCCGUUUAUUUUCCACGGCCACCUCUGGCUCUAUCGUCUAGGGAGGGUCGUUGGUGCGCCACGGUAGUGGCGUCGCCGUCGGUUUCCAAAGCAUGGCCAUGUUCGCCGGCACGCACCGCCGGCUGUGCGCGUUGCCCGACUGCCAGUCACCCUGCUUCGAAGACCAAGACGGCUUCGUCCACAGCUACUGCUCGCGAACAUGUUCAAAUGAGGCUCUAGCGAGGGCGAAAUGGGCUUCACUUCGAUCUUCCUCUCGAAACAGGGGCGGAGGGUCCGAUGGCUCUCGAUGCAAGCUAGCCGGCUGUUCUCGUACCGUUUACGUCGACGAACGUUCGGGCCGCGUGCACGAAUUCUGCGGCCGCGGCCACGCAAACGAGGCCAUGGCCAACGGAAAGAGGUCGUCGCCGUCUCGCGGGACGGGGGCAGGAAAAGGAGCACCUGCACACGAAAAGGGCACUGGAGAGUGCAGUUUAGAGGGCUGCAAAGAAUUGGUCUACCGUGACCCUGUGACGAAAGUGGAUUCCAAGUACUGCAGCAACCGGCACUAUGUGGCGGGAACGGCCAUGCUCAACAGCGAAUGCAUCCGCGAUGGCUGCAGCAGGGCUGCCUGGGUGGACGAAGGUACGGGAGGCGUGUUGGAUUACUGCGGAAGCCGGUGCGCAGGCGAGGUCGGGAUGAACUACCUCGUGGGUGUCGGCGUGUGCUCUUUGCCUGGGUGCGUCAACCCCAACUUCGUCCACCCGCGCGAUCGGCAGGAGACGGGAUACUGCUGCGAAGACCACCGGCUUCGCGCGACCCAGCGCUCCCUGGGGCCGAACCCGGAGCCGUUUGUCGAUCGCACGUUUCGGGGCGGCACCACAAGCGCCGACGACUUCCAGCUGAGCGUCCUAACGAACCGACACCCGGAGUACCUCAGUCGGAAACAGCAGUUCAUGCAGAAGUGGGAGAAGCCCCUGGUGGGCACUGGCGUCUCAGUCUUGAGAAUUUUCAAGGUCCAGGUGCCGAAGGAUAUCCGAAGACGAACCGAAACCUGCAUGGGACAAGUUGGAAACGUCCAGCGGCGAUUCCACGGCACCUCGUGCUCGAACGUGUGCACGUUCUUUGUCGACCUGAGGGGGGGGCCGUGCGGAGAGUCCACCUGCAAAGUCUGCAACAUCUGCACGCACGGUUUCCAGCUGAGAGACAACGUUGGGGACACGGCGAGGCGCACGAACUUCGACCUGCGUUACGGAGACGGGCUGUACUUCAGCAGCGUCUCCGGCAAGGCCAACGACUACGCCGAGCUGUCCGAGAAGACGGACCGGUCAGGCAAGAAGGUGCGGUGCAUGUUCUUGUCAAGCGUGACCGUAGGCAGGGCCUUCAUCACCUACGAAGGGAAGCUCCCUCCGGAACAAUGCCCCCCGCCAGGCUUCGACUCCGUCGUGGGAGAGAAAGGGCCGGCCUUGAACUAUCCCGAAGUAGUAGUUUACAAGGAAGAGGCUGCCCUGCCGACUCACUUGAUCGUCUACGCUCUGCACGAAUAAAAAACGGAUGGAAGGAGCUAAUCGAGAAAACAUGAAAAAGACGACCAAUGGGUCCGGUCCGCCCGCGCAGCGGGCACUCGUCGAGCUGUAUUUGUGAGCACCGCGUGCGCAUGAGGUGUUUUAAUAUUCUUUUUAUUUUUUCGUUUUUUGCCAACGCAGUGACCUACGGGAAUCAGAAAGAGCACAAUGGACAGGGAAAGCAUACCAUGAAACUGCCUGAUGUGGCGGUUCCUUCGUAGGAUGAAGGUUUCGGUUUUGGUGUGCAAGCUCCACAGCUGCUACAGUACAUGAAAAGGUGCCUUGCUUUCUAAACCACGGAAUCCCGGCUACUGUAGAUGCUAGGAGAUUCACGUUUGCGGGAAUGGAGCGCCCAAUAGGCGUGGGGGAGAGGGACGGGAGUGCCAUUAGAGUGGUGCGUUCACCAUACGUUUUGCAAUUUCUCGUGGUUCCAAUUUUUCUGUAAGCUACUGUUGCUCAUGAUUUACCAUGGGGAUUACGGCCGGAUUUUUCGCCGACCAGACCAAUGCCGCUCCACCUGUUAGACGUGUGAAUCAGAUUUUGGCGGCAUCACUCCUGGAUUGUACCCCAAAGGUAUUACGAAACGAACAGGCUGUAUAUCGAGUCUAGCUGCUGCUUCCGAAAGGGCCGCUGCUACUCUUGAAAGCAAGCAAGACGUUGGGCAACGGAAUCAAUCCAGUUGUGGCAAACGGUCACGCGUG